AUUUCAUUGACCUCUUAUCAGCUACUGCACUUGGAAUUUGGGACCAAGUGUAUUCUGUGCUGAAUACACUGAUUAUCAAGAUAAACCCUGAAAACGGCAGGAUUAACACCGUCAUGGAAAGUCAGUAUCACCACUUUGGACAGGACGAUGGCCAGUCUGUACGGGGAGAGCACAACAUCAGCACACAAACAGUGUUUUCAGGUAUGAAGAGGAUGGGGAUGUAUAUCCUUUACAUCAUCCUGGUGCUGCUGCUGCUGAUUCUGCUGAUGGUUACAGGGAUAAAAUUUUCCCAGAUAAACAGAGAAAUCACUGAAGUCAAAGUUUACCUUCAGACCAUCAGAAACAACGGAAAAGCUCCACUGUCUCCACUGUCUCCCACCGGUAAGAAAGAAAUAAGUCAGUAUUUCCAGCCCAGUCAAACCGUCUGUACUUUUCUGUAUCCCCAUAAAACGCGAGGACGAUGUAGGGCAGGAUGGGUGAGCUUCCAGGGAAGCUGCUACCUGCUCUCCCUCACCAGCAUCACCUGGAGCAAAGCAGAGGCUCAGUGCGUAUCACAGAGGGGACACCUGCUGGUGGUGAACGGCGCAGAGGAGCUGGACUUCAUUUCAAAAAUAGUUGAAAUCAGAUAUAACUACUGGAUUGGACUUGUGGAGCGACAUAAUGAGGGACAAUGGAGCUGGGUGGAUGGAACUGACUUCCACUCAACCCCAACUUUCUGGGACAAAGGUCAACCUGACAACUGGGACUACAGAGAGAACGGAGAAGAUUGCGGGCAGAUUCACGCCUCUGCAAUUCGCAAACGCAAGCUGUGGAACGAUGCAGACUGUAACCUGGUGUACAGAUACAUCUGUGAAGCCAAGGCAUAAUGUUGUCAAAGAGAGACAUCCCAUGAAUGAUGAUCCCUCACCUGUCAGAUCUCUUAAAGUGGGAAAAGAUGGCUAAAAUGCAAACAGAUGGAAACAUGCAUGCACUGUAAAUCUUUGAGGGUUUCAAUGAAAUGAUGGCCUGGGUUCUUUUUAAAUGAAUUUCAAUAAAGACACUUUCAGUGUUGAAGAUUCUUCUGACUCUGCAUUUAUGUUGCUUGAAGAGAAAAUGUGGCUGUAUUCAUCUUGUCUGCAAGAACGAAAAACACUAGAAAAUC